AUGAACAUGCUUCACCAAGGACACUUGAAAGAACUUAUGAGCGGCCGAGAGAGAGCCAACUUCGCCCGAGGAAGAGAAUUGCACCAGGGACCUCCCAAACCACCUUCCCCAGCUCGAACCAUUCAAAUGAUCAACGGAGGGGGUGACGAUGCAUCGAUCAACAGCGUUAAGUUCACUACCACCCACAAACUCAAACGAUCGAUCACUCAUGGACGGUACGAUGAACUCGAAGAAAUUAUCAUCUUCGAUAAGUUGGAUACCCACAGUUUUGUCUUUCCUCACUAUGACGCACUUGUCAUUACUUUAUGCAUUUUAGAUACUGAUGUAAAGCGUAUUAUGGUUGUGGAUGGGAGUGGCGCGUGCAUCAUCUGCCCUCGAGUUCUCGCACAAAUGAAGCUCGAGGAUAGGAUAGUGCCACACUGUAUAAUACUGACGGGAUUUAACAAUGCAAUUGAGCGGACAUCCGGAAAAAUCACACUGCCCGUUCUGGCCGGCGGCGUCACUUUGGAGACCACUUUUCACAUCAUGGACAAGGAUAUGGCAUACAACGCCAUCAUAUGCCGACCUUGGAUACACUUCAUGAAAGCCGUCCCUUCCAGCUUACAUGCCAGGUAUCCAAAAGGAGAUAGCAACACACAAACUGAAUGUCGACCCAUUCCACCCUCGGUGAGACAAAUCAGGCAGAAAUUCAACGCCGCCAUAAAUGACGCAGUCUGCGAAGAGGUAGAGAAGUUGUUGGAAAACGGCUCCAUCAGAGAGUAUCCUUAG